AUGGAUAGUGAUGGACCGAUUGUGAUUGAGGGUAAGACAGAAAUUGUACUAGAUGGUGUAUUGAAUUGUGAAAAAAUGAAGAACAAAGGAAGUGAUAAGGAAGAAGAGGAAAAAGAGGAUUUGGUGACCCCGUGGAAUGUGGAGGCAAUGAGCGAGAAAGGCGUUAAUUACGACAAGUUAAUAGUCAAGUUUGGAUGUUAUAGAAUAACGGAAGAUUUGAUUAGUAGGUUUGAGCGUAUUACAGCUCAAAAAGCUCAUCCAAUGUUAAGGCGUGGAUUGUUUUUCGCUCAUCGUGAUCUGUCUACAAUUUUGGAUCGGUUAGAACAGAAUAAACCGUUUUUUUUGUAUACUGGUCGAGGUCCAAGUAGUGGUAGUCUGCAUCUUGGGCACCUUGUUCCCUUCUUAUUUACAAAAUGGUUGCAAGAUGUUUGUGGUGUGCCACUGAUUAUUCAAAUAACAGAUGACGAAAAGUUCCUUUGGAAAAAUCAUACACUUGAUGAAAUCAAGAGUAUGGCGAAUGAAAAUAUCAAGGAUAUUAUUGCAUGUGGUUUUACUCCUGAAUCAACUUUCAUAUUUUUGGAUACUGAAUAUAUUUGUCCUGCAUUUUUCACAAAUAUUGUAAAGAUAUGGAAGCUUGUGACAUUAAAUCAAGCCCGAUCAAUUUUUGGUUUCACUGGUGAGGAUUCAAUGGGUAAAGCAGCCUUUCCAGCCAUUGAAGCUGCUCCCUGUUUUAGCAGCAGUUUCCCACUGAUAUUUAAUGGACGAAAAGAUAUUCCAUGCAUUAUUCCUUGUGCGAUUGAUCAGGAUCCCUAUUUCCGCAUGUGUCGAGAUGUUGCACCUCGUUUAAAAUAUCCAAAACCAGCCAUGAUAUAUAGCUCAUUUUUACCAGCCUUGCAAGGUGCUCAUAGCAAAAUGGCUGCAUCCAGUGCAACAACAUGCAUAUAUUUAAGUGACACUUCGAAACAAAUCAAGAAUAAAAUCAAUAAAUAUGCAUUCAGUGGUGGACGAGAUACAGUCGAAGAACAUCGUAAAUAUGGUGGCAAUUGUGAAGUCGAUAUUUCAUAUCAGUUUCUACGAUAUUUUAUGGAAGACGAUGAUAGGUUAGAAAGUAUACGUAAGGCAAGUUUGUAUAAUCGUUAUUUCGUUUCAUCUUUUCAGCGUUACACAAGUGGAGAAUUGUUAACGGGUGAACUUAAAUCGGUAGCUAUUGAAGAAGUGCAACGAGUUAUCACGGAAUUACAAGAAAGGCGGAAAAAUAUUACUGAUGCAGUACUGAAAAGUUUCCUUAUUCCUCGAAAGUUGAAGUAUAAUUAUUGA